AUGGAUUCUGAUUUGGUGUACAUAUACGAGCAGUAUGUUGAGUCCUCCGUUGGCUCGUCGGACGAGGAGGAGUACUCCGAUGAGACGGCAAUGAUGCAGGCGGUCCUUGAAGGCGUAGAGCGUGCGGAGGAGCAUGUUCUCAAUUUCAAGGGCUCAAUCAAGGGUCAUCGCGUGCUCAGCCGCAAUAGGGCACGUUGGCAAUUGACACUAAUGGCCGACUACUUUUCCUCUGAUGCUCUCUUCGCUGACUAUUUUCGCCGGCGUUUUUGGAUGCGCAAGACCGUCUUCGAUCGUUUGUACCAUGGUGUCCGGUCCUACGAUGACUACUUUAUCCCGAAGAAGGACGUCGUGGGAACGAUUGGCUUCUAUGGUUACCAGAAGUGCACGACCGCACUCCGGAUGCUUGCAUGUGGCACGGUCGCUGAUUCGUGGGACGAGUACCUACCGAUGUCUCAGAGCACAUGCGGAGAUGCCAUGGUCAGGUUUGUAACUACCGUGGUUGAGGUGUUUAGACCUCAGUACCUGGGAGAACCAACUGUGGCAGACACAGAGAGGAUCCUAGCAAUCUCAGAAACAAGAGGGUGGCCAGGUUUGCUUGGAUCUCUUGACUGCAUGGAUUGA